AUGCGGCCACAGUCGGCACCGCUCGGCCAAGCGCCGUACCGCAGCCUUCUAACCCCCCGUCGGAUCCAGUGUGGAGCGCGCAGCUUUGCCGCAACAACAGCAAUUCCGCUGCGCGGUGACAGCAAUCGGCCAGCAUUAUCCGUUUCGCAGUCUGGCACGUGCUUCCAACAGCAGAGAUGGAUUACACAAAAGUAUAUUCAGCGUAUGAAAGAUGGAGAGAAGGAGUGGGCUGGGUUUGCAAAAGAAAUCAAGGCCGGAAACAGGAAGAACUUCGCGCAACACCUAGAGGAGCGAGGCUUGAUUCAUGAUGUUGUCGGCGAGCGGGACUUGUUGCACAAGGUCUUAACGGAGAAGCGGGCUGGUAUAUAUGUUGGAAUCGACCCAACUGCCCCCUCAAUGCAUGUUGGACACAUGCUUCCUUUCAUGGUUCUGGCUUGGGGAUACGUCUGGGGCUUACCUGUGACUUUCCUACUUGGCGGUGCUACUUCUAGAGUCGGCGAUCCCAGCGGACGCCUCAAGGGCCGAGAUGCUGUUCAUUCCUCAAUUCGAAAAGCAAAUAUGGCUAGCAUGCACAUGCAGUUGAAGAAGUUGGGCUCGAGCAUUGAGCAGUACGGGAGGAGACACGGAUACGAGCGGCACCCGAUGUGGAAGCGAGCGCUGACAAACAACAACACUUGGUGGAACUCAAUGCCGUUCCUUGAGGUGUUGCGAGAUCUUGGUGCUUUUAUGCGGCUUGGUCCUAUGCUCGGUAGAGACACUGUCAAGACGCGAUUGAAUCAAGGAGAUGGCAUGUCGUUUGCUGAGUUCUCCUACCCUAUUCUCCAAGCUUGGGAUUGGUGGACGCUGUUCCAAAAGGGCACUCAAAUCCAAGUCGGAGGUGCUGACCAAUAUGGAAACAUCUUGUUUGGCAUGGAGGCUGUCAAAUCUAUCAGCCGAAACACUGCCGACGAACAAGUCCGCAACCCAUUAGAAUCAGAACUUGAUCGGCCGAUCGGUUUCACCACGCCGCUCCUGACAACCGCGUCUGGUGAGAAGCUUGGCAAGUCCGCUGGAAACGCUGUGUGGCUCGAUAAGGACCUGACUUCUACAUUCGAACUGUACCAGUACUUUGUACGUACGCCUGACGAUGUUGUCGAGCAGUACCUCAAGCUGUUCACUUUUAUUCCCUUGCCUGAAAUUGCCACCAUCAUGGAAGAGCAGAACAAGGACCCAUCUAAGCGCGUUGCACAGCACAAGCUCGCCCUUGAGUUUGUUGAGCUCAUCCAUGGCAAGGCCGAAGCUGAUGCUGUGGCUCUUCAACACCGCCAGCUUUUCCGUCCCCGGUCCUCAACUGCCGAUCCCACUCCUCCUCUUAAGUCAUCCGCUCCUCAAGAUGGCCACCCACAAUCUCCCACCACCGGCUUUGCGACUCCUCAAUCUGGGAAUCCAUAUGCUCCCCAAACAAACUGGGCCAACAUGGGCGAUAUUAAGGUCACCCUUCCUGAAUCACUGGUUUUCAACCAGCCAUUCAACAAAAUUCUGUGGUCAGCUGGCCUCGUUUCAUCCAAGAGCGAAGGCCACCGAGUCAUCGUCAACAACGGUGCCAAAGUUGGAAGCCGUCCCGGUGACAGUGGUCCCAUGUCGGACCAGUUGUCUUUCACACCCAUCCGGCCGUGGGACGCAGAGAAAACAAAGGAAUUUGUCUUGAAUGGCAAUCUCCUGAUGCUCAAAUUGGGUAAGUGGAAGCUCAAGGCCGUUCAUAUUGUGCCCGAUGAAGAAUUCCGUGCGCAAGGGCUCUCAGUUCCUGGAUGGGAAACUGAGGAGAUUGAGCCCACUGAGCCGACAGAGCCGACAGAGCCGACCAAGUCAGACUAA